CUGCUAUUUCAUUCGAACCCACUCAUCAAGCUUAGUUUGCUGCCAUUUGAAAGCUAUUGAAAAGCCAUUAACUGGCAGGACUGUGAAAACCGCAGUGCAGCAGCACACCUCAGUGCUGGAAGAAUGUGGCUGCAAGUGCACACCAAUUAAAUCUUUCUAUUCCAGGGAUGUGGGAUUAGGAGCGGUGUCAAUCAAUUGUGCUACAAUAGCACGUGCAGCAGUCAUGGUUCAAGACACACAGAGGUUUAUCGUAACUCCAGCAGCCGGGUGAGGAUGACUUGGAAGCCUCUGCAAGAUCCUGGAACAGAACCUACAUUAAAUAAUGUAUUCUGAGGUAUAUUGGAUACCUGAGGAAGGGCUUUAAAUAAUGCAUUUUCUGGGCAUGACAGUUGUAGCAGAAGAGAAUGCUGAAACCUGUAGCAAGACUACAGCCUGAGAUGAAAGAAUGUCUCAUUACCAUUUUAUCAAGUGCUGCUGUUUCCAGCUAUGUAAUGUUUUUCGGACCCAUGAGAUGGAAAUUGAGCAGUGCUUGCUGGAAUCCCUCCCUCUCGGCCAGCGGCAGCGGCUGGUGAAGCGGAUGCGCUGUGACCAAAUAAAGGCAUACUACGAACGAGAAAAGGCUUUCCAGAAACGGGAGGGCUAUGGGAAAAAACUGAAACAUGGAAAGAAUCAUCGAGUUCGUUUUAAUCUUGCUGAUAUGGUACAGGAUGCAAUCAUACGUCAUGAUGAUAAAGAAGUGCUGCGGCUAUUGAAAGAUGGUGCUGACCCUCAUAUGCUUGUUUCCUCAGGAGGCUCCUUGCUCCAUCUGUGUGCUCGCUACGAUAAUGCAUUUGCUGCAGAAAUUCUAAUUGACAGAGGAGUAAAUGUAAAUCAUCAAGAUGAGGAUUUUUGGACAUCAAUGCAUGUAGCCUGUGCCUGUGAUAAUCCUGAUAUUGUCCUGCUACUGCUACUAGUAAGUAAAGCAAUCCAGAGCAUUAUGUGCUUGAAAAGGAGACAGAAUCACAGUUUACCCAGUAUAGUAAUAGAUAUAGUAUUCACUCUUUGCAGAGAACAGCAGUGUGCCCAGGUGUCCAAGAAUUCCAAUGGCAUCUUGGCAUUUAUCAGGAGUAGUGUGGUCAGCAGGACCAGGGUAGUGAUUGUCUCCCUCUAUUCGGCAGUGGUGAGGCUGCACCUCGAGUCCUGUGUUCACUUUUGGACCCUUCACUACAAGAAAGACAUUGAUGUGCUGGAGUUUUUCCAGAGAAGGGCAGUGGAGCUGGUGAAGGUUUUGGUGCACAAGUCUUAUGAAAUUCAGAUAAAGUUUGAGGUGUCCAUGUUAUUUGCAAUAAAUCCUGAUAAAUUUGACCACAUUUUAGGUGGUACUUUAAAG